GGGAUUUGGUGCUGGGGCUGAGGCGCUGUUACGGGUUGUGUAAAAGAUGACAACCGCGGCCAGGCCAACGUUUGAACCAGCAAGAGGCGGCAGAGGUAAAGGGGAAGCCGAUCUCAGUCAGCUCUCAAAGCAGUAUUCCAGCAGAGACCUCCCCUCUCACACUAAGAUCAAAUACAGACAGGCUACCCAGGAUGCCCCAGAGGAAGUGAGAAGCCGUGAUUUCAGGCGGGAGCUUGAGGAGAGAGAACGUGUUGCUGUCAGGGAGAAGAACAGAGACAGGCCAACAAGAGAGCAUGCCUCAUCUGUGUCAAAGAAACCACGUCUGGACCAGAUACCAGCAGCAAACCUUGAUGCAGAUGAUCCACUCACAGAUGAAGAUGCUGAUGAUGACUCUGAUGAAGACAGUGAUGAUGACACAGCCGCACUACUUGCUGAGCUAGAGAAAAUUAAGAAGGAGCGGGCAGAGGAGCAAGCCCGGAAGGAACUGGAACAGAAAGCUGAAGAGGAGCGGAUCCGCAUGGAGAACAUCUUGAGCGGGAACCCACUGCUAAAUCUCACAGGCCCAGCCCAAUCAGUAGCCGCGUUUAAAGUUAAACGAAGGUGGGACGACGACGUUGUAUUUAAGAACUGCGCCAAGGGAGUCGAUGAAAUGAAAAAGGACAAGAGAUUUGUGAAUGACACUUUACGUUCUGAAUUCCACAAAAAGUUUAUGGAAAAAUACAUCAAGUAGUACAGUUUUAUGUGCUCCAUUCUGGAGGUGGUUCCUUUAAUGGCUGUCGGACUUUAGAAGGCCAUGUCUUUGCGCUGAGUUGCGCAGCACCCGCCUCAUCGUGCUCAGCGACAUCACGCUUCUUAAUUGCUUGUCUUUGUGUGCUCAUCAAUAAAUAAAUUCCAUUUGUUUUCUA